UUAGACAAAAGAUAUUCACUCUUCGUAUAUCAUUCGCUUGCAAAAAAAAUCUACACUAAUUAUACUCGCGACAAAUAGAUAAAUUAAGUUGUUUACUCAUUUUAAAAGAUUCCAGUAGUUUUGAUGUAAGCAAUUACACAAAAAUCAGUUGAAAUUAAAUAGUCAGCGGGUGAGUUUAAUUGACAAAAUGUCUGACUCGGAAAGUGAAUCGGAAAAAGAGAAAAACCAUCGUACGAAGAAGAGCGUCGUUGUUAAAUUUCAAUUUGAGGACAGUAGCAGCGCUGGUAGCGAUAGUGAUGAAGCUGGUCCAUCAAAUCGGAUACAGAGACCAACACGAAUCAAGAAAACAAUUCAAGCGACCAGUGAUGAUUGUUCCAGUGAUAGUGAUGCUCCAUUAAAUUUGAUGCAACGAAAAAUGGGAAAAAAAUUUAAAGCUCAAAAUUGUAUCGAUGAAAGUGAUGAAUCGACAGACGAUUCGUGGAGUCCCGUUAAAAAUCAACCAUCCACAUCAUCGUCAAUGCCACAUAAAACCGAAAGUGUUAAGCAAUCUACUUUGAGUGAGAGUUCCGAUACAGACAGUAGUUGUGAUUUAAUGGAAAAAUGUCCGAUUUGCUUGCAUGCAUUUCGUGACCAAGAAAUCGGCACACCAAAUGUUUGUGAUCACAGUUUUUGUGCACCGUGCAUUGAUGAAUGGUCCAGCAAUGUACAAACAUGUCCAAUUGAUCGAAAACCAUUCACAACCAUUCGCAUUCGUUCGCGAUACGAUGAUGGUGUUUUUGUACGCGAAGAUGCCGUAAUGGCAAAAACAGCCGAAACAAAAGAAAAUGAAAUGGAUGUUACCCACUGUGAAAUAUGCAAUCAAUCGGAUCGUGAAGAUAUUAUGUUAUUAUGUGAUGGAUGUGAUGCUGGCUAUCAUAUGGAUUGCUUGAUACCACCACUCACCGAAAUACCCGAUGGUUCUUGGUAUUGUGAUAAUUGUUUUGCCAGCGAAGUAACCGACGAUGAUAUUCCUGAUGUAUUGGCCGAAAUGGAAUCAUUUGUGGCACCAACAACGCGACUUAGAGUUCGUGAAGAGGUUGUACCACGCAUUACACGAACUAGACAAAGUGAACGUAUUCGAACAACCAUUCGAAAUCGUCGCCAAGAAAAUCAUGUUAAUGUUGAAUCUGUUUGGGAUCUUUCAAUGCCAGGCCCAUCUCGUAGCACUGAAACAAUUACAACCACGACAACAACAGUGACAUCUACAACAACCAAGAAAGGAAAAUCAAAGGUGGUGAAGAAGAAAGUGCAAAAGCGACGCCGUAAAGUGCAGCGUAGACGUCGAACAUACGUAGUUGAAUACGAUGUUGAUGAAUAUAAUAAUAAAUUUGGUAUUAAAACUGCCAAACGUGUUAUUAAGAAGCGUCGUCGCAAAACGAAAAAAUCCCGAAAGAAGUCCGGCGUGAAGUGUUCACGACGAAAUCAGGGCCAAGAUUCACAAAAUGUCGUCGACACUAUUUUAAGUGGCAGCCUAACAAAAGGUCUUCGCAAAGAAUAUCCAAAAUUACAUUUGUUUGGAAAUAAAAAUGCUCUCGAUUACUUUUCGGGCAAUAGUGACGACGAUGAAGGAAUUGGAUCAUUAAAUAAUUCCAUUGAAACGGGUGAUGGCCUAUUGAUAAUGUCUAGAGCACGUCCGAAUAUUCAUCGGAAUUUGAUAAGACGCAAACAUGUUGGAAUUAAUUCAACAAUGGGGACCGGUGAUUCAGAGGGUGGCACUGAUAUUUUAUCAAAUAUCAUGGAUACUAUGAAUCGAUGGCACUCUAUGAGUCGACCGUCUACUAUUGAAAAAAUUAAAAUCAAUGCGGACGGCAGCUUGGAAUGUGGACAAAAAUCAAAUGAAACAUCCCACAAUACUGAACAACAACAACAACAACAACCAAAUGCUGAUAUUCUAAAUGCACCAAUGAAUCCAAGAAAUGACGGCGGUAGCAAUCGAAGUUUUAACAAUUCGAACGGUUAUCGAACAAAUAAUACCAAUCAAAAUACAGGACACUAUUCACAAAAUCAAUUUGGUGACAGAAAUGAACAGACAUCAUUUUCAUCGUUUCAACGUGCAGCCAACUUUGGUGAUGGCGGAGGUGGUGCCAUUACGAAUAACUUUCAACAAGACAAUUUGUCGCCGAGAAAUCGUUUACCAUUUCAACGACAAAGAAACACUAAUCAAAGAUUGCUACGGAAUCAAUUUCAACCGCAACCUCAGCCACAAGGCCUCUACGAUGGUGAAGAUAUUCCUCCAAUACCAGACAUGCCAACUCAAUCUGACAACGAUUUGAGUUCACGCUUAAAGAAUGCUCAACCAGACUCCGAUGGCAUUGUACAGGCCGAUCAAAAUUUACCAUUGACACAACCAGCGUCCAAUCAAAGUCCUGAUUGCGAAUCGAAUAAUAUUCAAGAUGCAAAUAAUGUGCAGAGCACAAGUGAAGUUUCAUCGUCGCACGAUCAACCGGUUUCAACUACAAGUGGCGUCUAUUCGGAUAGCGAUGAAGAUGAUGCGCCAGUUUUUAAGUAUUCAGCCGAAUCGAUGCAAGUGGUUAAAGAUGAUAAAGAGGAUUCACCGGAUAGUACGCCAAAUAAAAUUGAACAAAGCGUCGAUGAUAAUAUGGAAAACGAUGAAGAUUUGGUGCAACUUGAUGACGAUGAAAAUUUUGGUAAUGAAACUGGCAUAUCCGAAGAUCAAGCAAAUCAGACGCAAUUGGAAACGGCUGAAUCAAUUGAAUCACCCGUUGCUAGUCCCGAAACUACAGGAACUGAAUCGCCAAAAACGCCACCGUUGAAUAAUGAAUGCGAAAGUAAUGAGCCCACGAUGGGCAAAGAUAAAGAAAUGGAUGACAUUAGUGAGUCGGAAGAUCAGCCUGUUGAUAAAUCAGAGGUUCAGCCGAAUGCCGAUGAUGCCCAAGCAAAAACGAGCAACGACAAAAAUGAAAAUUCAAAUCUUGGCAUCGAAGGUAUGGACACUGAAAUGAUUUCUGAAGAUGAACAUGACCUUCAUGAUGAUCAAGUAUCAAAGGAACUUGAAGCCGACAAAGAGAACAACAAUCGAAAAUCCGAUCGUGAUGAUUCAUUCAAAAAGGUGAGCAAAAAUAACAAGGAAAGAAAUUAUCGCGAUAAAAAGGAGACGAAGAGACCCAACAAGACCAAAAGUCGUCGAUCCAGAUCGCGAAGCUCGUUUUCACGCUCGAAAUCAAGGUCAUCAAGAUCAAGGUCACCAAGGAGAAAUCGCGGUAGCGAUAGGCGAUCUCGUCGCAAAGACAAUAGAGAUAAAAAUCGAGAAAAACGACAAGAAAUGCAACGCUAUGAUGUGCGCGUAAUGAUGGCAGACAGACAACCAAGAUCGGCCAAAGACAGAUAUGGGCGCGAUACGUCACGUCCACCACGAAGUAUAACGCCACGAAGAGGCAAAUCUCGAUCCAUUUCACGUUCCAUUUCACCAAGUCAUCAAUCAGCGCGAAGACGUUCACCUUCCAGACAUCGCUCUCAUUCACGACGAAGACGGUCGCCAUCGCGCCGAAGCGCCAGCUUAAGACGUCGUCGUUCUGUAUCUAGAAAUCGUUAUUACACUUCCAGUAAAUCGCGUUCGAAUUCACGAGGCCGCAUAAUAAAUGGUCAAUCAUCAAAGUCUAAAUCUAGAUCUCGUUCAUAUUCACCGCGACCAGCCCACAGUGGCAUGUAUCACAUGCAUAGUGCAUAUUCAAGAAGUCGAAGCAGAGAUAAGAAAUCAAAGAAGAAAUCAAAUGACAAAAAGACGUUAAAAUAUCGUGCAAAGAAAAAAGUGACCGGACCGAAAAAAGUCUCACCAUUCCAUUCGCCAAAUCGUCGAGAUUUUUCGCCUGGUGAUCGUCGUCGUUUGUCACGUUCCAAAUCGUGGAAUGACAGAGGUUCAUGGAAUCGUAGCAUGAGUGAUGUGCCCAAUGAAGCUGAAUUAUCAUGGACACCACCAAUUGCACACGCACCAGAAAAUCUAACGGUCAUUUUGAAAAACAAAGAUAACAAACGAAAACGUGACAAAAGGCGAAAAACAGAAAAACGAAAAACUGAAUUAAUUCAACGUAAGGAGAAACGAAAACGAACCGAAAAACAAAAUUCACCAGCACUCCCAUCAAAAGAGGUGUUUGCAUCGGGCGAUAAUAUUUUGGUUAGCGUCAGUUUUAAUAAAGAUAAACCACAACAACAGCAACAAACGACAAUUGUUACAUUACCGCCAACAAAAGAACAACUACUAAAUAAAAAUAAGCCAAGAGAACGGGAUGUCAAUUCGAAGCGUUCACGUCGUAAUGGUAGAGAUGUGCCGCGAAAGCAUCGAAAGGUCGAUAUUAAACCAGUUGCAAUCAUCGAUUUAGAUAAUUCGCCAUUUAAAGAGGUAACACCAUCACCACGGGCCGUCAUUAUUCUUAGCGAUAGUGAUCACGAAAGUGAUAAAUUAAAUAAAACGUCAUCGCUUAACUAUUCAAUGACAUCAAAUGCAACCGAAAGUAUUUCAAAUGACAAACAUCAUUCGUCCAUCGAUGCGCGAGAAACGAAUAUUCGUGUAUCAUCGCCACCACAAUCACCCACGACUGAAUCUGCCUCAUUCGAACUACCAUUAGGUCCGAAAACGCCACCAGAACCAUCGCAUCUCGUUAAAUUUUCUAUUUCAACUAGUACAAAAACAAAAAUUGUUCGCACCGUUGUUAAUCCAUUGCACGACGACAACGACGAUGACGAUGAAGAGGAAGAUGCGAAUAGUGAAAAUAAAGAAACAAAUAAUGAAAAUGUGAUUUCAACAACGGACAAAGUUCAAAUCUCAAGUGUACAAGCACAACAAAAAGUUGGACCAAACACACCGCCCGGUGGACCAUGCUCACCAGAUGUAUAUGAUCCAUUUGAACCAACAAAAUCAGCAUCCCAAUCGCCAACCGAUUCAAUACAUGAUACCGUUGAUGAGGCACCAACAUCGGCAACCGAUGAUGGCAAAUCAACAAAAUCAGUUGAUUUAUCAAUGGCACUUAUCAAUUCGAAAGCCUCAAUGGAUGCAGCCAAUUCGUUGCUAUCAAGUACACUUGGCGGUGAAGAUAUGGAAACCGCUCUUCCGAAUGAUGAAUCGAAUGUGUCACCAUACAAAGAUAAACCGAUUGAUGAUGGUUUUCGUGAAAGUGCCGCAACAAAAUCGUCUGGUAUUCAUGUAUUCAGCAAUGUUCUAUUGACACCGGCUAAAGAUAGUUCACGUUUACAACCGCAACCGUCACAAUCUCGUACAUCUAAUUUAACUAUAACAAAUCUAUCGAAUAGCGCGUCCGUAUCAAAACAAUCGCCAUUGAAAUACACGUCGGGAAGUAUUAUAUCAAAAUUACCACUACCAAAAAUAGCAAAACCUCAACGCCACAAUGGCAACGAUGACAACAUGGACAUUGAAUCACCGUAUUCGCCCGGUUCAUCCGACUAUGAAGACUGGUUUGAACCACCACCAAACUCACCGCCAACACAUACAGGCGGCAAGCAUGGCUCACGUCAAACAACAAAAUCGUCGGGUGGCGGUGGCGGCGGCGGUGCUACAACUUCAACCAAUAAAGGUGAAAUAUUUGAUGACUUAUUCGGAAGCACGUCACCAAUCACCAAGAACAAAGCGGCCACAAAACGAAGACCAAGCAAACACAGUUCAUCAAUUAAAGAUUGGAUUGCAGUGAGUAAACAUUCGACACAAAUGGGCGGUUAUACGAAACUCAACGAGGAACAAUUACGCAUUCUUGACCUGGAUGUACCUAGCUCUGCUGUAGAACUACAAGCCAAAGAUAAGUUCUUAAGAAAACUUAAUCGUCAAGAGCGUGUCAUCGAAGAGGUAAAACUGGUAUUGAAGCCGCACUAUAACAAAAAACACAUCACCAAGGAUGAAUAUAAGGAAAUCAUGAGACGAGCAGUCCCAAAAAUUUGUCAUAAUCGUACGGGCGAAAUAAAUCCGAAGAAAAUCAAGAAAUUAAUUGAAGCCUAUGUGGGCAAAUUUCGCCAAAAGAGAAAAUUGCAACAAUCCACAAAUGUGGUAAUCAAAUGAAACACACAGUGAUUGUGCGAUCUUUCCGAAAUUAGAAAAUAGUUAGGUUUAUUGCUAAUAUCGCUUAAAAAUUGUUUUUUUUUUUUCUUUUUAUCAUCUUUCUAUAAAAAUUUGUUUACAUUUAAGUUUAUAUCCCCGUAUAUCAAAUUCAGCCCUUUGAAAGUCCAUUCGGCAUACAUUCGAUUGUGUGUAAAUUUUUGCAAUAGUUCAAGAGUUUCAUUUUUUUUUUGUUUAAAUUGUAUGACAUUGCGUUUGUUUAGUAGUUUUUUUUUAGCAAAAUAGACAAAUUAAAUGAGGUAAAGAGCAAACAUUUGUAUAUUGUAUACAAGGCAGCAGUAACAACAACAGAAAAGAAGUAUCCAAUAAUCGAGUCGAAGAGGCGAGAAUCUCAUGACACUUAUGAACAUUUAAUUCAAUCGCAACCUUUUUCAUAUGAGUCUCAUAUUAUGAGACGAGGACGAAAAAAUAACAAAUGAAGCAGUUUUAUUGAUUAAACAAUUUUAAAGCGAACGCAGAUUACUUGAGCUGUUUAUAAUAUAAUAAUAAAUUAAUUUAUCUAUAAAAAACAUAUGAUAUGUAUUUUUUUGAUAUCAAUCAGAAGAAGUAAAAUUCGACAUUCAUUGACAGUAAAUGUUAAUUUCAAACAUUAUUUAAUGGCAUCUGAAGCAACAAAAAUCAUUAUAUAAGUUUAGAAUUCUAUAGAACAAAUUUUAAAAUAAAAACCUUAAAUCAACUAAUCGAAUGCGAUAGUUAUUCAUUCAACACCGUUUUGGAACUGGAA